UGUUUGGCUGGCUUGUUGUCAAAGUGCGCAAGUCGUCUGUAAACAAAGCUGCUUCUUGGAAAUCAAGCUAAAUUUCUCCGCGAAAAACCCGUUCCGUGUGAACAAAUCUCUAGUUUAAGUAGUUUGGAAGCACCAUUUCCAUAAUGCCUCCAGUAAAAACCGACGGAGAUAGCGAUGGGGAUGGUGAUCUGUCCGGAGCGGAGUCGGAGCAUUCCGGAUCCAGCCAGGGGCAGGACCACGAUUCCAGCGCGGAGGAAGCGGACGAACCGGAUUCGGACGAUUCCUCGGAAAUGUCCGAAGGAGAGUGCGAACGGCGCCGUACAAAUUGCCAAGAUAAUCUAACGAGCCUGGAAAAACAGUUUGGUAUCCUGAAGGAACAGCUGUACAAGGAGCGUAUGGUGCAGGUGGACUAUAAGCUGCAACAAAUCCGCGGAGGUCGGUUGCAAGAUUAUUUUAUACCACUGCAACAGCUACAAACCAACAUGGACAGCCGCAAAGAGGUUGCGGAGGUGAUGAAGAAGUACCGUGUCAAUAACAUUAAGAACAAGUUUGAAUCGGAACUGCAAGCUUGCUACCAACAUUUCGAUAGUGAACAAAAUCUCGCCAACGAUGUCAUUUGUGACGAACUGAUGGAGAAGGUGCGCCGGUUGGAGGAGGAUCGCCACAACGUGGACAUAUCGUGGGCCGACUGGGGCACGAACACGCGCACGGCCAAGGUACGCGGACCGGGACGCAAAAAGGCCGUUACCGUGUCCGGACCGUACAUCGUGUACAUGCUGCGCGAGGAGGAAAUUCUCGAGGAUUGGACAUCGAUUCGAAAAGCACUGAAACGGUCGACCGCUGCCGCUACCUGAUAUUCGUUACAGUAACCACUUACUCAGCUGUACAGUUUUUACGCCAGGUUUGUCGGAUCGUGUCAAAUCUUCCCUCGCGCGGAUUUGAUUCCAGAGUACAUCUCGCGUUUGGAAAUCGCCAAGACUUGUGUACGGAUUUUGGGUGUACAUUCAUUUUUUUAAAUACCGUUUCUCGUAGCGAUUUGCGCUAAACGUAUUCAUAUAAGAUAAAAUACUAAAACUAGGAUGAAAAAUUAAA